AUGACGUCAUACCAAUAUUCAGCUCUUUCUCCUGGUUCCAUCAGAGUGCUGGCCGUCUCAGGCACCAAAGACGCGCCGUCGUAUAAGAUAGAAGUACUUAAUCUCGCAGAAAAACCGCGGUUCGAGGCCUUGUCCUACACGUGGAACGAUUACAACAACGAGGAACCUAGAGUCAUUGACGGAAAUGCUAACACUUAUGCGUCCAUUCCUAUAGCCGGUGCUGGGUCUCUCGAUAUCACACUGCACCUCGUGCAUAUUCUAAACCAUAUUCACGGAUUAUUGGUACAACCUGGUUCGAGCGGAAGAAUUUGGAUAGAUCAGAUUGCUGUGAAUCAACGCGAUUUGGAUGAGCGGAGUCACCAGGUUGCCCUUAUGCAGCAAAUCUACGGACAGGCGGAGCGCACACUGAUGUGGAUUGGGAAAUCUGUUAAACAUACGCCCGUGCUACUUGAUUUGAUACAAAAUCUACGUGGUGUAUCGCUCGAUGUUGAUUGGGAUCGCCCUGCGAUGAAGAGAUUGGAAAGUAGACUACUUGCUACCUUUCGUCAAGAGGAUGAGCUACGAUACUCAUAUACAAAAGCACAAUACAUGAAAGCUAUUGAUUGGGUCCUCGGUCUCCCGUACUUCGAGCGAGCUUGGAUCGUCCAAGAGAUCGUUUUGUCGACUCAGCCUACACUUGUUCUUGGAUCGACACCAUUUCAUCUAUACAUCCUUCACCAUACAAUCUUCAUCAUCAGAUAUUCCGCAGACCCGUACCUUCAAGACGCGUACUCAGAGUUAAAAUACACUAUUGGAGUUGAUCGCUUCCUAAGCAUCGAUACGGCACGCAGGUGGCUGCGGGGCGAUCCUAAAUACAAAGCUUUGUACGGAGAUUUUUUGGAUGUACUGUUCUGGCUCUCGUCUCUACGUGAGGCAAGCGAUCCAAGAGACUCCAUCUAUGCAUUUUUGGCUCUACAAAAGGACGAUUCUGGCUUCCGUGCUGUUGCGAACUACAACCUGUCUAUCGCACAAGCAUAUCGGAAGUUCUGCAUAGACAUAGCAAGUCAAACCGGCUCCCUCCCAUUUUUAGGGCUUGUUCGUGGCAGCGCAGACGCCGAGAUACCUUCCUGGGUGAUAGACUGGCGGAUGGGCCCCUUUUCUGCCAAGGACAAAUGGCAAGGUUACAGAAUUGGCGACCCUCAAAAAUUCCCAUAUGCCGCCGCCAAAGAUCGAUUGUACCAAGCGGCUAGAAAUACACACGAAGACGAUAUGCGCUUGGCCGUUCGAGGGCGUGUUAUCGACUCGGUUCAAUCUGUGUCAUGUGUUACGCGUGAGGAGCUUGCAAACAGUGGAUUAGAAAAUGUGCGAUUGGCAGAGGAGAUGUCCAAUAUAGGAACAUUCAUGCCUACAGUGGAUGUCGAUACUCCCGCCAAGACACAGCUUGCUAAAACACGCGUCUUCGCUACACUUGUGGGCCUCGAUCCGGGCCAGCAGCCUCUUGGAGAGUCACUACAAUAUACUCCAGAAGAAUUGACUUCAAUGUACGAGCACUACAUUGAUACACAUUCGGCUGAUGACAUUGGCGAAGAGCUCUACAAGCAGCGAUUCAAUCAUACAAACCUGAGACUUGAGCAUAAGCGACUGUUUCUCGGCCGCAAGCAGUUAUUUGGUAUCGGUCCAAACGCCAUCCUCCCAGGCGAUUGCAUAUGUAUCGUACAUGGAUCUACGGUUCCUUUAAUCCUAAGACGAUGCGAAAACGGGACGGAGUACACAGUAGUGGGACAGUGUUAUUACGAGAACUGGAUGCAUGGCGAGCUAGUUGACUGGAGAGAGGGUGAGGCUGAUGAGUUCGUGUUGAUAUAA